AAAUUAACGGGCUGCGCUCGUCACUUUUGGGUCUGGCCCUCGGGGAAGAUGGCAGCGGUGCCCGAGGUCGAGAUAAAAGUGGAUGGCGGCGAGCCGAAACUGAGCAAGAAGUGGUGGUAAUCAUUAGUUCCAGGGUGUUCCGCCAUGUUGACGCAAGCUGCUGUAAGGCUUAUUAGGGGGUCCUUGCACCAAACCUCCUGGGCAAAGUGGGGUCAGAGGGAACUGCGACUGGGUCAACUUGCUCCUUUCACGAUACUUCACAAGGACAAGCCGCUUUCUGAUAAAAGAAGUGAGUUGAAGAGACGUCUGAAAGCUGAGAAGAAAGUGGCAGAGAAAGAGGCUAAGCAGAAAGAGCUCAGUGAGAAGCAAGCCACUGCUGUUGCCACCAACCACACCACUGACAAUGGCAUGGGUGCAGAGGAGGAGAGUCUGGACCCAAAUCAAUACUUCAAGAUCCGCAGUCAAGCAGUCCAUCAACUGAAGGUGAAUGGGGAAGACCCGUACCCACACAAGUUCCAUGUGGACAUCUCACUCACUGACUUCAUCCAAAAAUAUAAUCACCUGCAGCCUGGGGACCACCUGACUGACAUCACCUUAAAGGUGGCAGGAAGGAUUCAUGCCAAAAGAGCUUCUGGGGGAAAGCUCAUCUUCUAUGAUCUUCGAGGAGAGGGGGUCAAGUUGCAAGUUAUGGCGAAUUCCAGGAAUUACAAAUCAGAAGAAGAAUUUAUUCACAUCAAUAACAAACUGCGUCGGGGAGACAUAAUUGGAGUUCAGGGGAAUCCUGGAAAAACCAAGAAGGGUGAACUGAGCAUCAUUCCCUACGAGAUCACACUGCUGUCCCCCUGCUUGCAUAUGUUACCUCAUCUUCACUUUGGCCUCAAAGACAAGGAAACAAGAUAUCGUCAGAGAUACUUGGACUUGAUCCUGAAUGACUUUGUGAGGCAGAAAUUUAUCAUUCGCUCUAAGGUCAUCACAUAUAUAAGAAGUUUCUUGGAUGAGCUGGGAUUCCUAGAGAUUGAGACUCCUAUGAUGAACAUCAUCCCAGGGGGAGCUGUGGCUAAGCCUUUCAUCACUUAUCACAAUGAGCUGGACAUGAACUUGUAUAUGAGAAUUGCUCCAGAACUCUACCAUAAGAUGCUAGUGGUUGGUGGCAUUGACCGGGUUUAUGAAAUUGGACGCCAGUUCCGGAAUGAAGGAAUUGAUUUGACUCACAACCCUGAGUUCACCACCUGUGAAUUUUACAUGGCCUACGCAGACUAUAAUGAUCUCAUGGAAAUCACGGAGAAGAUGGUUUCAGGUAUGGUGAAGCAUAUUACAGGCAGUUACAAGGUCACCUACCACCCAGAUGGCCCAGAGGGCCAAGCGUACGAGAUUGACUUCACUCCACCAUUUAGGAGAAUCAGCAUGGUAGAAGAGCUUGAGAAAGCCCUGGGGGUGAAACUGCCAGAAACUAACCUCUUUGAAACUGAAGAAACUCGCAAAAUUCUUGAUAAUAUCUGUGUGGCAAAAGAUGUUGAAUGCCCUCCACCUCGGACCACAGCCAGGCUCCUUGAUAAGCUUGUGGGAGAUUUCCUGGAGGUGACUUGCAUCAAUCCUACAUUCAUCUGUGAUCACCCGCAGAUAAUGAGCCCUUUGGCUAAAUGGCACCGCUCUAAAGAGGGUCUGACUGAGCGUUUUGAGCUGUUUGUCAUGAAGAAGGAGAUAUGCAAUGCCUACACUGAGCUGAAUGAUCCUGUGCGGCAGCGGCAGCUUUUUGAAGAACAGGCCAAGGCCAAGGCUGCUGGUGAUGAUGAGGCCAUGUUCAUAGAUGAAAACUUCUGUACUGCCCUGGAAUAUGGGCUGCCCCCAACAGCUGGCUGGGGCAUGGGCAUCGACCGUGUCACCAUGUUCCUUACAGACUCCAAUAACAUCAAGGAAGUACUUCUGUUUCCUGCCAUGAAACCUGAAGACAAGAAAGAGAAUGUUGCAAGUACUGAUACACUAGAAAGUACAACAGCUGGCACUUCUGUCUAGAAAAUAAUAACUGCAAGUUGUAUAACGCAGGCUUCAUUGCAUUUCUGCAAAAGAUCAAGGUCUGCAAGGGAAUUUUUGUGUGUUGCUACCCAUUUGGCUGCCACAGUUCAGUUGAACCACCAGAAGAGAGAUGAGGAAUUGAGGAUUCCUUUUUAUUCCUUAUUACCAAAUAAACCACUUGUCUCUUGUCUUGACCUUUGAAA